AUGAGUAAAGAAAACUCCAACCUGAGGAGAUUUGAUGCAUCUCGGAACAGGAUUAGCUUCAUUGGAAACAAUGUGUUCCAUAAGGGUCUUGUAUUUCUAAAGGAAGUUGACCUGUAUUACAACAACCUCGAGGUAUUUGAGCCAUGGCCUUACAUUCCAAUGAUCUCAAAAUAUUCAAAUAAGCGAAUGUCCUUUAAUCUUCAGUUUAACCAAAUUUCACGUUUCUCAAACACCAUGGGAUGGACAAUGACUAAGGAACCCAAUGUGGAGGUAAAUCUUACACACAACAGACUCAGGUACUUCAGGACAGAGAAUGUCAGUCAAUAUUUGGCUGGACGGAUACCAACAAUAUUUGACAUAGGUGUUAUGGGGAUCGUUGUCCGGAAAAACCCAUGGUUCUGUGAUUGUGGGUUUUAUUAUCUGUUGAUGCAAUUCAUUGACACCUUCUAUUACAGCAUGGCUGAGGGCUUUAUGACCUGCGAUAGUCCCAGGGAGUUCAAGGGAUACAAUUUUUCAUAUUUCUUCGAUCAUCCAGACCAACUGAUUUGUAAUAUCACAGAAAGAUGUCCUGCUGACUGCAAGUGUCAAGACCGACCUCACGAUGGUUACAUACUAGUGGACUGCUCCAGGUCUGGAGAAUAUACCGACUUGCCACAGACUGUGCCUCCAGGGCCAUUGUUCCUUCAGCUGUCUCAUAACAAAAUAUCUUCAUUGUCUCACAAAGACUAUCUACAAAAUAUCACACGUCUUGAUGUGUCUUCAAAUAACAUUUUACUCUUGGAAGAUUCCUUUCUUGAGAAAGUACCAAGUUUGGAAUAUAUUGACAUUAGAAACAACAACUUAAAAACCUUGCCAUCCAAAAUUCAGACCUUCCGUGUCUCAUCUGUCAAGUUCAGUGGAAACCCUCUCGUCUGCUCAUGUGACACCAUUUGGAUAAAUGAUUGGAUACGACGUAAUUCUGAGAACAUGUCUUUUGACUCCCUGUCCCAUCACUUGUGCUACCACAAUGGACGUCAUUUACGUCUUGUGGAUGUGACUUGGAACUCUCUUGUCUGCUAUCGAGAUAUCGCCAUUAUUGUUAGUGUGGUGCUUGGAGUGUUGCUUCUCAUUCUCAUUAUUUGUACUGUCGUCUGCUGCAAGCGGAAAUACGAGUGUAAAGUAUUGAUGUAUGACUACUUCCGUGUUCAUCCAUUUGACCACGCGUCUUGUGACAAGGCAGACGAUGCAACUAAAAGACACGAUGUCUACAUAUCCAUAGACAGGGAAAACGAAGACAUCAGGCUUUGGGUGAAAGAUAAACUUUUGAAACAACUGGAAAAACAGAAAAAGUCCCGUCCAGUAUACAAAGUGUAUUACCCAUGUCGUCAGGACGAUUUUGGGGAUAGUAUAGCAGAUCAGAUGGUGGAAAACAUCAAGAAAGGUAGAAGAGUUCUUGCUAUUGUAAAUAGUUCAUAUGUGAAAAACGGCUGGUCCAUAGAAGAAUUCGACUUCGCUCAUCGUCUUAUGGAAGAAACUAAAUCAGGUCGUCUGCUCGUUUUAAUACACGGUGACCUUGACCUCUCUACUGUGACGCAGGAGCCACUGAAGACCUACCUGAGUGGUCGUCAAUGUCUGAAUGUCUCUGACCGGUGGUUGUGGAGGAAACUAAGGUACGAACUGCCCCAAAGAACUCGAAACAAUACGAGGGAAAGCCUCACGUAUGGUUUCAGUAGUAGCCAUGCCUCUCUGUCAGAGAGUAGUGGCAUAUCCGAGAACCAGAUGGACAAUCCCGAUUUUGUGACGACCGAUGUGGUGUAGCUGUAGUGACAUUGACUUGAAUGCUGCUUUGUAGUUCAUACUAAUCUGUGUGUGGUAAGAAUGGUGUGGAAUAAAUGUGACAUUUUUA